AUUUAAUCGCGCGUUUGUCUCUUUCGUUCGUGUUCUUGAUUUCCCUCCUCCCGCUGCUCUCUCUUCCGCUCUCUCCAUUAGACCACUUUAAUGGCGAAGGGAGAACCAGCAAUCCGUUCCUCUUCUCGUGGGCCCUAAUUUUCAAUAGUUUUCACCUGCCCUAAUUAUCCUGUUCUUCGUAGGGUUUUUACUUUCCACUGGCGUAAUUGUCAUUGGUUUCUGGUUCCUGUGUUAGUGAGUUUCUAGCUUUUUAGGUGCCCUUGUUUUUGGGCAAUUAUGGAGAAGAAGAAGAUUCCUGCAAGGCCUCGCCUUAGGGUAACGGCAGAGAGGCAACAGCGCCCUAGCAGUUUUCUCAACUCUGUGAGGAAGCUUCAGCGUCGAGAAAUUGGAGGAUUCAGGGGUAUUAGGUCCAGUGCUUCGAAUGUUCAAGAGAAGUUUAGGAACUUCCAACUCCAGGAAGAGUUUGACACACAUGAUCCAAAAGUUCAGUUCUUUCUGAUAUUACAGUUUCUCAAGAAAAGAUCGAAGAUCAUAGAGAUUGUUGCAGCUAAGGAUGUGAUAUUUGCCCUGGCCCAAUCUGGUCUAUGUGCUGCAUUUAGUCGGACUACUAAUGAAAGGAUAUGCUUCUUGAAUAUAAGCCCGGAUGAAGUCAUCAGAAGCCUUUUCUAUAACAAGAACAAUGAGUCACUUAUUACAGUAUCAGUCUAUGCUUCAGAUUGUUUUAGUUCCCUAAAAUGCAGGACCACACCCAUAGAAUAUAUUAGGAGGAAUCAGUUGGAUGCUGGGUUUGCUUUGUUUGAGACAGAAUCAUUAAAGUGGCCUGGUUUUGUGGAAUUCGAUGAUGUAAAUGGAAAAGUAUUAACAUAUUCAGCUCAGGAUGGGAUUUACAAGGUUUUUGAUCUUAAGAACUAUUCUUUUCUAUACUCUAUAUCCGAUAGAAAUGUUCAGGAGAUUAAAAUCAGCCCUGGCAUCAUGCUGUUAAUAUAUAACCGAUCUGCUUCUCACGUACCAUUAAAGAUAAUUUCCAUCGAGGAUGGGACUGUCUUGAAAUCCUUCCACCACUUGCUUCACCGUAAUAAGAAAGUAGACUUCAUUGAGCAGUUUAAUGAAAAGCUUCUGGUGAAACAAGAGAACGAGAACUUGCAAAUCCUUGAUGUGCGCAAUUCGGAGCUUAUAGAAGUGAGCCGCACAGAGUUUAUGACGCCAUCUGCCUUCAUUUUUCUUUAUGAGAACCACCUCUUCUUGACAUUCCGGAACAGAACAGUAGCAGUUUGGAACUUCCGUGGGGAGCUGGUCACCUCAUUUGAAGAUCAUUUGUUAUGGCACCGCGACUGUAACACAAAUAACAUAUAUAUCACCAGCGACCAGGACUUGAUUAUCUCCUACUGUAAAGCGGAGGAAUCAGAGUGCGAGGGAGACGUGGGGUCUAUCAACAUGAGUAACAUCUUGACAGGGAAGUGCAUUUCAAAGAUUUGUGCAUCUGAUCCCGCCCUUCAGGUGAGGCCCAGGAUGGAGGGUAGAUCAAAGAUCCGAAGCACCGUGCGGGAGGCCUUAGAAGAUGUUACCGCCCUCUUUUACGAUGAGGAUAGGAAUGAGAUUUACACCGGUAACAAGCAAGGCCUGAUACAUGUCUGGUCUAAUUAAUUAAACGUAAUGGCCUCUCACCCAAAAAAUCUCUCUUCCUUUGUAAUCUAUUAUAAAAAUAUAGAUGUCACAUGGUUAUUGUUCUUUCUUCUUCUAUUUUGGUGGAGAGGUUACUCCAUUUGUUAACCCAAACAUAGUAAAAGUUCAGGAAUUUAGUGUUGGGUGUGUUUUCUGUUUUUCUUUUUUUCUUUUUUUUUCUGGAGUGCUUGGCAUGGGGGUGUUUAUGUUUUGGGUUUAGGCGUGAUUUGUAAUUUGUAAGCCCUACCAUUUUUUGUAAUCAACAAAGGACUGGGAAAGUUCUGAGAGACCCUGACAACAAUGACUUGAAUCACUUUUUAUUUUUA